AUGGCCGAGAAUGGUGAAAGCGGCGGCCCUCCGAGUUCCCAGGACAACGCCGCGGCGGCCGAAGGUGCCGGCGCACCGGCCGCCACCGCCUCCACGGAACCCAAGAUCAUGAAAGUCACCGUGAAGACCCCGAAGGAGAAGGAGGAGUUCGCAGUGCCAGAGAACAGCUCCGUCCAGCAGUUCAAGGAAGAAAUCUCUAAACGUUUCAAAUCACAUACCGACCAACUUGUGUUGAUAUUUGCUGGAAAAAUUUUAAAAGAUCAAGAUACUUUGAGUCAGCAUGGAAUUCAUGAUGGACUUACUGUUCACCUUGUCAUCAAAACACAAAACAGGCCUCAGGAUCAUUCAGCUCAACAAACAAAUGCCAGUGGAACCAGUGCUACCACAUCAUCUGCUCCUAGUAGUAACUCCACAUCUGGUUCUGCCACUAGCAACCCUUUUGGUUUAGGUGGCCUUGGAGGACUCGCAGGUUUGAGUAGCUUGGGUUUGAAUACUACCAACUUCUCUGAACUACAGAGCCAGAUGCAGCGGCAACUUAUGUCCAAUCCUGAAAUGAUGGUCCAGAUCAUGGAGAAUCCCUUUGUCCAGAGCAUGCUUUCAAAUCCUGACCUGAUGAGGCAGUUAAUUAUGGCCAAUCCACAAAUGCAACAGUUGAUACAGAGAAAUCCAGAAAUUAGUCAUAUGCUAAAUAAUCCAGAUAUUAUGAGACAAACUUUGGAGCUUGCUAGGAAUCCAGCAAUGAUGCAGGAAAUGAUGAGAAACCAGGACCGAGCCUUGAGCAACCUGGAGAGCAUCCCAGGGGGAUACAACGCUUUGCGGCGCAUGUACACGGAUAUUCAGGAGCCCAUGCUGAGUGCCGCCCAAGAGCAGUUUGGUGGUAAUCCAUUUGCUUCAUUAGUGAGCAAUACGUCGUCAGGUGAAGGUAGUCAGCCUUCCCGUACAGAAAAUAGAGAUCCAUUACCCAAUCCCUGGGCUCCACAGGCUUCUCAGAGUUCAUCCGCUUCCAGUGGCACCACCAGCGCAGUGGGGGGCACCAGUGGUAGUGCUGCCAGUGGGACUGCUGGGCAGAGUUCUACUGCACCAAAUCUGGGGCCUGGAGUAGGAGCUAGUAUGUUCAAUACACCAGGAAUGCAGAGCUUGUUGCAGCAAAUAACUGAAAACCCACAACUUAUGCAAAACAUGUUGUCGGCCCCCUACAUGAGAAGCAUGAUGCAGUCACUAAGCCAGAACCCUGACCUUGCUGCACAGAUGAUGCUGAAUAAUCCCCUAUUUGCUGGAAAUCCUCAGCUUCAAGAACAAAUGAGACAACAGCUCCCAACUUUCCUUCAACAAAUGCAGAAUCCUGAUACGUUAUCGGCAAUGUCAAACCCUAGAGCAAUGCAGGCCUUGUUACAGAUUCAGCAGGGUUUACAGACCUUAGCAACUGAAGCCCCCGGCCUCAUUCCAGGGUUUACUCCUGGCCUGGGGGCAUUGGGAAGUACUGGAGGCUCUUCAGGAACCAAUGGCUCUACUUCUGCAUCUAGCGAAAACCCAAGUCCCACAGUAGGAGCCACCGAACCUGGGCACCAGCAGUUUAUCCAGCAAAUGCUGCAGGCUCUUGCUGGAGUGAAUCCUCAGCUACAGAAUCCAGAAGUUAGAUUUCAGCAGCAACUGGAACAGCUCAGUGCAAUGGGAUUUUUGAACCGUGAAGCAAACUUGCAAGCGCUAAUAGCCACAGGAGGUGAUAUCAAUGCGGCUAUUGAAAGGUUACUGGGCUCUCAGCCAUCAUAG